CCAGGGGCCGUCCUGCUCCGGGGACAGAGUGGCUGGAGCUGCCCUGCUGACCGUGCCGGGUGGGCACCAUGGCGCAGACAGACGUGCUCCUGACCAAGCAGCCCGCCCCGCAGACGGUGCCGGCAUGCGAGCUGCCCCGCAAGCUGUACGAUGUGGCCCGCAACACGGGCGCCUACACGUCCUCGGGCCUGGCCACCGCCGGCUUCCGCACGGCCAAGUACCUGGUGGACGAGUGGUUCCAGAACUGCUACGCCCGCUACCACCAGGCCUUCGCCGACCGUGACCAGUCGGAGCGGCAGCGCCACGAAAGCCGGCAGCUGGCGGCCGAGACGGAGGCGCUGGCCCAGCGCACGCAGGAGGACUCCACCAAGAAGGUGGGCCAGCGGCUGCAGGACACGCACUGCUGGAAGUCGGAGCUGCAGCGCGAGGUGCACGACCUGGUGGCCGAGACCGACCUGCUGCUGGCGCAGAAGCAGCGGCUGGAGCGCGCCCUGGACACCACGGCCGUGCCCUUCAGCAUCGCCACUGACAACCUGCAGUGUCGCCAGCGGCGCCAGCACCCCGACCUCGUGCGCGACCACGUGGAGGUGGAGUUGCUGAAGGAGGCCGAGCUCAUCCGGAACAUUCAGGAGCUCCUGAAAAGGACAAUCAUGCAGGCCGUGAACCAGAUCCGGCUGAACCGGGAGCACAAGGAGACGUGCGAGAUGGACUGGUCCGACAAGGUGGAGGCCUACAACAUCGACGACACCUGCGCGCGCUACCACAACCAGAGCACCGACGUGCAGUUCCACCCGCACUCCACCAAGUUCGAGGAGAGUGCCUCCACGCCUGAGACGUGGGCCAAGUUCACCCAGGAAAACCUGUGCCGGGCGGAGCGCGAGCACCUGGCCUCGGCCAACCUGCGGGGGCUCAUCGACUGCAUCCUGCGGGACACGUCCGAGGACCUGAGGCUGCAGUGUGACGCCGUGAACCUGGCCUUUGGGAACCGCUGCGAGGAGCUGGAGGACGCGCGCCACAAGCUGGAGCACCACCUGCGCAAGACACUGCGAGAGAUCACGGACCAGGAGCACAAUGUCGCAGCGCUGAAGCAGGCCAUCAAGGACAAGGAGGCCCCUCUGAAGGUGGCUCAGACCCGCCUGUACCAGCGCUCCCUCCGGCCCAACGUAGAGCUGUGUCGGGACACCGCCCAGUUCAGGAAAUGGGGGCCUCUCUCCGCUUGCUCCAAAGGAGUCUGUCCCGCUGUCAGGAAUAGAGGAGCCCAGAGCCUCCGUGCGCAGCUGCCAUUGCUGGUGAGCGAGGUGGAACAGCUGAACGCAUCCCUUGCAGCACUGAGGGAGAAGCUUCUGGAAGCGGAGCAGUCGCUGCGCAACCUGGAGGAUACACGCAUGAGCCUGGAGAAGGACAUCGCCGUCAAGACCAACAGCCUCUUCAUCGACCGCCAGAAGUGCAUGACCCACCGCGCCCGCUACCCCACCGUCCUCCAGUUGGCCGGCUACCAGUGAUGGGGGCUGGCCCCGUGGUGGGCACCCCCACUCACCCAGCUGGACUCGUCCCCCACCCCUCAAAUAAAGAGCACAUUAGCUUUCUCCUCA